AGCUUUGUACAUUGUAUUUCGUUAUUUAACAUUCUGUUCGUUGCUGUCGUUUUUGAAUUGGCGCAUUCACUUUGUCGUUUUUUUCAUUUCACAUCAUUUGAUCGGCGAAUAAAUAAAAACCAUUGAACAUUUUCGUGUGUGACUCGUUACUACGAAGAUAUACAAUAUGGCUAGCAGAGGUUUGUUGAAUGAUGAAUUUGAAACAAGUGAAGACGUCGAAGUAAUAUCUUCAUUUGAUAGUUUUAAUCUUCGAGAAGACCUCAUACGAGGCAUUUAUUUAUAUGGCUUUGAACGUCCCUCUGCCAUACAGCAGAGGGCAAUCAAACCAAUAAUUGAAGGCCGUGAUGUUAUUGUCCAGGCUCAAUCUGGUACCGGUAAAACUGUUGCAUUAGCUAUUGCAAUGUUGCAAUCAAUUGACAUUCAGCUCAGAGAGACACAAGUGUUGUGUUUGUCGCCCACGCGAGAGUUAGCUGUACAAAUACAAAAGAUAGUUUUUGCAUUGGGCGAUCAUUUAAAUGUUCAGUGCCACGCCUGUAUUGGCGGAACUAAUAUUGGAGAAGAUACUAUAAAAUUAGAUUUCGGUCAACAUAUUGUUUCUGGCACUCCAGGACGAGUGUUUGAUAUGAUCAAGAGUAAAAUAUUAAGAACGCAAAAUAUUAAAACUUUAGUAUUAGAUGAAGCAGAUGAGAUGAUUUAUAAAAGAUUUAAAAAACAAAUAUAUGACGUGUAUCGUUACUUGCAUCCAGCAACUCAGAUUAUUAUAAUAUCUGCAACAUUACCAUAUGAAAUCAUGGUUAUGACUAACAAGUUGAUGACUAAUCCAAUUCGGAUUUUAGUAAAACGUGAUCAAUUGUCACUUGAGAGUAUCAAGCAAUUCUUUAUAUCUGUUGAAAGGGAGGAGUGGAAAUAUAAUACGUUGUGUGAUCUAUAUGAUACACUUACAAUAUCACAAAGUAUUAUUUAUUGUAACACUAAAAAAAAGGUGGAUUUAUUAACAGAAAAAAUGAAACAAUCUAAUUUUCAUGUUAAUUCGAUGCAUGGUGAUAUGCCUCAAAAAAAAAUAAAUGCAAUAAUAAAAGAAUUUCAGGCUGGUCAAACGAGAGUUUUGAUAACAAAUGACAUAUGGGCAAGAGGUAUUGAUGUUCAACAAGUUUCUUUAGUUAUUAACUAUGAUCUGCCCAACAACCGAGAAUUUUAUAUACAUAGGAUUGGUCGCUCAAGAAGAUUCGGCAAGAAAGGUGUGGCAAUUAAUUUUGUAAAAAGUAAUGACAUUCAUAUAUUAAGAGAUAUCGAACAAUAUUAUUCUACGCAAAUACAUGAAAUGCCCACGAAUGUUGCUGACUUGCUAUGAUUUGACCUAAAAGGAAAGACUACAUUUAUUAUAUAUUAACUUUUUUCAUUUAAUUAUUU